AUGUCCGCCCUGAUCAAUCAUGAACGACUCGUCGCUGAAGUCUAUCGCUCCGUGGUCAAUGAAGUUACUCAAAACAUUCAAGAUAUUUUCAUUGAGGAAGGCUACAGCACCGACAUCAUUGUAGAAUUAAAAAAGUUGUGGAUUCAGAAUAUUGAGGAGAGUGGUGCUGUUCCAGCUUGGAGUGGCACCGUCAAUAAUGGAACUUCAACCUCUGUGGGUAGUGGUGGUGGAGGAGGAGGAGGAUCACGUGCAAGUAGUGCCUCCUCAAGAAGAGCCGCAUCCGAAGGAGGAUCAUCAUCAACAAGAGCAACACGAGGAACCAGACAACAGCAGCAACAACAACAAACUUCUUCAUCUCUCCCUACCGCCAUGGCUGCUUCUCAACCUAGUGCUACACAAGAUAAUAUUCCUACGUUGCCCAUUUCAUCUCAUCAACCACCUCCACAAUUACCAUCCACUACCACAACAUUGAGUAGUGGUCAGAGCACCGUUCCUCGAUUUGAUUCUACCUCAUCACACCAACCUCCACAACUUCCACCUCCAAUGCUUCCAACAAUUUCUGGAGGAACAAGCACACCAUCCUCCUAUCAUCCACCUUCUCUAGGUGGUGGUGAGAUGGGUACUCCUGUGUUACCUCCGCCUGCUUCGACUCCUUUGUUUAUGGGUCCACCUUCUGCCACGACACCAUUGCAUCAAUUUCCACCUCAGACACCCACUCUUCCAACCAUUAGCCCCUAUACGACCUCAGGAGUAGGCAGUAGUAAUUUUCCAACUCUUCCUUCCUCAGCUUACUCACCAAGCCCCAUAAUGCCUCCUCUCGUAUUCAAACCACAACAAAACCUUUCGUCGUCAUCUCCAAGUUUGCCACUUCACACACCAACACUACCGUCACCGGCAACAACACCAGGAAUGCCUUCAACUCCUCUUUCAUCACUUUCUCGUCCUCAUUCAUCAAUCUCCUCCUCUGGAUCUACAACAACACCAGGAGGGGUAUCUUCUAACUAUUAUGCCUUACCUGAAACACCUCUAUCAUCUACUUCAGGAAGAACCGGACCUCCUCCUCCUUCGCAGUACCAUCAGCAGCAUACGACCUCAAACUUUUUACUGAAUCAACCUCCAUCUCUUCCCUCAUUGGAUUCUCUUGGAAGACCAGAGAGUUUCAUGCCACCUGUUAAUUAUGGAAAUCGAUCAGCUCAACCCAAUCUCUCUCGGCCUCCACCACUUCCAUUUCACAGUAAUCCUCUCCAUGUCAAUUCUCAACCACCUCAAAUGCCUCCCCUUAAUUUUAAUCCGAUGAUGACACUUCCAUCAGUGGGGAGUGCAUUGCAAAACUUUACUCCUCCACCAAGCAUUUCUGCAACAACCUCACAAGAAGGUACCAAAAGAAUUAGACUGGAGCAAGAAGAUCAUGCUGGAACUUCAUCUACUACCAAUAUCAGGCAGUAUGAUGGGGCUGGCGAUGAUGAAGAAGAUGAUGACGACGACGACGGUGAGGAUGAGGAAGAUGAAGAAGAUGACGAAUCAGCUGAUAAACAUGCAAAUGGAGAUGACCAAGAAUUGGGCUCUGAAGACGACGUGGAAGAAGAAAAGGUUCCAGAAGACAUUCCUAACAUCAUCUUAGCUCAAUAUGAAAAAGUUACCAGACAUAAAAGUAGAUGGAAAUGUACUUUGAAGAGUGGUGUUGUUCACAUGAAAGGAAAAGACUAUUUGUUCAACAGACUCACUGGAGAUUUUGAAUGGAAAUAA